UCAAUAUAUUUUAGAAGACCGUGGUGCGUCAGUGUGUUAACUGUUUUAGCUUUGUUGUUGAAUGUGGGUGUAGAGAAACCGGUCUCGAGUUUUAUAUUUGACACACACACACACACACACACACACCCCGAGACACACACACAGAAAGAGAGAUAGAGUGUGUGUGUGUGUAAGUAAAUGCAGCAGCUGGUUAACUAAUGCACUGAGCAGGCCAGUAACCCGUCAUAUUCACACGGCUAGCUAACCGCUAUAUUAACGUAACUGUGUUGUAUUAACUACCUGUAGCGUGUUUAAAGAUUUACUCUCUUCAUCGGGAAUUUCUGGAAUCAUCUCUUUAUCGUCGCAGUUUUAACAAUUUAGUUUUGAUAAAAUGGUUAGAACCGGAGCAAUAUUGAAAUUGACCGUCCUAAUUUCUGCCUUCAUCUUGGCAGCGUUCCUGGUCUUUCAUCUCUUGGAAAUUAACAUGGAUUUCAAUUUGUCACGUAUGUUGGUAAAAUCUGGAGCCACGGAUAUGUCUACAAAGCCAACUCGUUUCAAAUGUGGCUUGUAUAAGCCCUGUCCUGAAGACCAUUUCGCCUUCAAAAUGGCAAGUGGAGCUGCAAGUAUUGUUGGGCCCAAAAUCUGUCUAGAGGAUGAGACACUGAUGAGUGGAGUGAGGAACAAUGUGGCAAGAGGUUUAAACAUUGCCCUUGUCAAUGGAAAGACUGGAAAGCUCAUCAAGACUGACUCCUUUGACAUGUAUAGUGGUGAUGUCAACCCACUUAUCCAGUUUCUAAAGAAUAUUGAAGAUGGAACAGUCGUCAUGAUGGCUACGUUUGAUGAUUCUUCUACAAAACUUACUAGUGAGGCCAGAAAGUUAAUAUCAGCAUUAGGCAGCUCCUACAUUAAUUCGCUUAGUUUCAGGGACAACUGGCUCUUCGUUGGAGGAAAAGGGAUAAAAACAAAGAGUCCUUUUGAACAGUACAUUAAGAACAAUGCUGAGACCAACAAGUAUGAAGGCUGGCCAGAAGUUCUGGAAAUGGAGGGAUGCAUUCCUCAGAAACGUGACUGAUGUCCUCUGCAUAACUCUUCAUGGACCAAGUGAUGUAGAGUUUGUGUGUGAUUAGUCAAUGAAAACAAAAGUUCUUCCAAAGAAUUCACCGUUCACCACUAUAUGCAAAAUAUGCAGAAGGCUAUUAAUUUAAUGAAUAUGCAAGCUGAACACCCGCCUACGAAUUAACAGGCAAGCUGUACGAUGAGAACUACAGUUAUUACAGCAUUUCACAGGAACUUGCAAAUUUUAUAUAAAGAUAUGUAUCAGUACUAUAUAAUUAGGUAUGGAGCAUUACAGAGCUAUAAUUUUAUAAAUAGAGACUUUUUAGUAGAAUGUUAGCAUUGCACAUCUAAAACUUACCGGAGGAAUAAAUAGGUGGAAACCAAAUAUUCCCAGACAGGACAUGAUGCAAAUCAGUAUAAAAAUUGUACACGGUAGGAUGGUUGUGCUUUGUAAAUAUGAGAUUUUUUUUUAUUUUACUUAAAAAGUGAAAAGGUUUUAUACUUAUGUUGUCAAUGUGAAACUGGUGCAGAUUGCUACUGCUGUGGACUUUUGGGUGUGUGUGUGUUUUUCAUUCUUUUUUUUUUUCUUUAAAGCUUUUUUUUUCAUUCUGAGAUAAACUGGUUACAUGUAUGUUGGGCUCAUGCAAAUCUUUUAUUCAGAAUAUGGGCAAUCAAGCUGAAAAGUUCUGGUCAUUGGCUGAUCGGUUGGUGUGUUUUUAAUUACAAAUGUAAUAAAUAAUUUAAAAAAUAAAAACUAUUUUGGAGCAGGUGCAGCGAUGCAUGAAUCACCUCCAAAAAUUACAAUUCAUGAUUAAAUUAAUUUAUUCAUCUCUUUCUAACAUAUGUAAUGUAUGUACAUCAAGCAGCCAUAACAUUAUGACCACUGACAGUGAAUAACUCUUAGUACCUCAUUACAUUGGCCUCAGGAAGUGAGUAGAAAAGUAAAAAUUUCAUACCGUAAGCAGGUGUGAAGUCCAAGGUUAAGGAUUUGAGUGACUCCGACAAGGGCCGAAUUUUGAUGGCUAGAUGACUCUAUCGAAGAAUCUUUUGCUCUUGUGGGCCGUUCCCAGUUUGCAGUGGUCAGAACCUAUCAAAAGUAUUCCAUGGAAGGAAACCCAUGGAACCAGUGACAAGGUCAUGGGCAGCCAAGGCUCAAUGAUGCACAUGGGAUGCCCUCUGUAGUCUGAUCACAUGAGAGCGUUAGUCUAGCUCAAAUUGUUGAAAAGGUUAAUUAUGGUUUUAGCAGAAAGGUGUCGGAACAUACAAUGCAUCCUAGUUUGCUAUGUAUCGGGCUGGGUGCCUGCAGACUGGUUUGGAUGUUUAAGCUGACUCCUAUCUACUACCAAUGUGACUACAAUUGUCGCGUGAGCAUCAAAAUUUAACUGUAGAGCAAUUAAGGAAGGUAGCCAGGUCUGAUGACUGACAUAUUUUCUUUCACACCAUGUGGAUGGGCAGGUAUGUGUGCAUAGCUUGCCUGGGGAAGAGAUGGUACCAGGAUGCAUUAUGGGAAGAAGGAAAGACUGGUGGGGAUAAUGUAAUGCUUUGGGCAGGGAAAACCUUGGGUCCUGCCAUUCAUGUGACAAUUACUUUGACAUGUUACACUUUCAUGAAAACACCCUGUCAUGUCAGUAGCCUCUUUCAAUAGAUAAUGCUCCAUAUCACACUGUAUAAAUGGAUAAUUGAUGGUUUGAAUAACACAACAAUGACUUGGCCUCUAAAUUAUCCAGAUCCCAGUCCAAUCGAGCAUCGGAUGUGUUGGACAAACAAGUCCAGGCUGUGAAGGCCCAACUCUACAACCUACAGGACUUAAAAGAUUCUCUACUGACUGCUUUAUGCCAGAUACCACAGCAGAAGUCUUGUGGAGUCCAUGCUUUUACACAUCACGGCUGUUGGCAUCAUUAAAGACUUACUCAAUAUUAGCCACUGUGGUCAUAAUGUCAUGGCUGGGGUGUGUCUACACAGUAUAUGUUUUUUUUUUCACCAUAAAGAAUCAUUUUGAUAACCGAAGUUUAUCUUAUACAGUUCCUUCUUCUAAGACAUGUUUUUUUUAAUGCUGUACUGCUCAUAAUUUAAUGUUUAGGAAUUGAUUCUGGCUUAUAGUCAAACUUUUUUGUUUUAUUACCUGGUUGUUUUAAUACAAGUGAAUGUUAAAAGUUUAAGUUAUUUUAUGAACAUCCGCAGCUCUGCUAUUUUAUUGAUUUAUUUAUUUUUGUUGUUGCAAUAAAGUUGCAGUACUGGAGGGCCACAGUACAACACAA